UACAUAAAACUUUCCAAAAAAGUCAAACUUUCUUCACCCGGCACAACACUCCAAUACAAACGAUUUUUUCCUAUUUAUUCACCGAGACGAAGAUCACAACUCCACACACAAUCCAACCCUUUCAAACAACUUUUUGUUUUUUUUGCUUUUCGAAGAAUCUCUUUUUUAAAAUGAAACUAAAGCAAACCAACGCGAUGUUUAUGGUCUUAGCCCUAAUCUUGGCAUUGGUUUUCCUACAAUCAGAAGCUGGUAAUUAUUGUCCGUUAGAAAAUAUAAAUAGCAUACCAGGAUGUUUCGAUGCGUUGAAAGCAGCAUCGGGCAAUGAUACCAGAAGGCUAACAAGAGAUUGUUGCAGAGCAGUCUUUUCAGUAAACUCUGAUACUUGCUACUUGCUUCUCUUUCCUGGCAAAGCUUACCCUAUUAAGAUGUUCAGAAACAUUUGUCUUAAUGUUAAUUAG